AUGAGAACACCAGGUAUAUCGAUACCUCUAGAUCAUUCACAAUCAUCUAUAAAGAUGACACCUCCACCUUCAAUGGAGUCAUCCAGCGCAGAUUUGAUUGUAACAGAAUCAUCAUCAAACUCGGGUAAAGGAAAGACAUGGCCUGAGGCGAUUAGAAAUCAAAUAGUACCAACAUCUGGCGAUAUUAAUGCAAUGUUUUCAGUGUUCCUUGAUAAUCUUGCCAAUCUUGCAACGAUGCACGCCAUCUUGGUGUACAACUUUGGAAUGCCAUCCGAUUUGGUCCAACGAUAUUUCAUCCCGGGACCUGCCUUGGGUGUCAUGAUUGGAUGUCUGAGUCUAUCACUCUAUGCCAUAUUCCUUGAUCGAAAGGAAACUAAUAGUUCUAUACUCUACACCUCAAUCCCAUUGGGAUUGGAUGCACCAACUACCAUCGGACUUCCCCUACUCGUCAUUGGCCCAGCAUUCCUGAAAGCCAAACAAAGUGGACGAUCAGAUUAUGACGCGACCAUGGAUGCCUGGUUAGUCGGCUGCUCCACCGUAUUCAUCAUUGGAUUCUUCAAGCUGAUCCUAACAGUAUUUAGCUUCACACUAAAGUACUUCCAUCCAGUUGGAAAGGCAGGAGCAUUGGCUGGAAUUGGUCUGUCACUACUUGGAGUGAAUGAGCUGAUGAUGAUCUUGCAGGAGCCUGUGACUGGAUGGGUGGCAAUGUGGUUGCUGUUCAUAUUUCUGUUGCUUAGGAUCAACAAGUACAAUCAGAUAGUCAACUUUGAAUUACCAUUCAACAUAUCUGGUGUGUUGGUCAGUGCUUUGGUCGGAACAAUUGUAUAUUAUGUGAUGGCUGGCGCAAAGAUAUCAGUGGCGCCGCUACCCAAACAUGUUUUCUCCGACUACUUCCUCAGCUUCCCACAUCCUGCCAACAUAUUCUCCACGUUCAAGGAUGCCAUUUCAUCCAACUUAUCCAUCGCCAUCCCCUACGCCAUACUUGUCAACAUUGGAGGCUUGACCAUAUCGGACGCCGCCAACCUCGUUGGCAACAAGUACAACACCCGAGUUGUACUACUUAUUGAUGCAGUAUCAACUAUCAUCUCCAGCUUCUUUGGAUCGACCACGCAGACAACGCCGUACAUCGGCCACACAGUGUUCCACCACAAGUUCAAAGCACGUUCUGGUUACUCAAUCAUCACCGGUCUCCUCAUUGGCUUUGGAGGCAUGCUUGGCUACAUCUCAUUCCUGAGCACCAUCCUCCCCAAGCCAGCCAUUGUACCAAUCUUCAUAUUCAUCACAUUUGAGAUAUGUUCCGAGACAUUCCAUCCAAGUGUGGCCGGUACCAUCAAGAGACAUCAUGCUCCAGCGAUCAUCUGGAGCUUCUUCCCAGCUAUCUUCCAAUUCGUCAACAUCAUUCUGUCACAAGUCUCUCCAGUCUUGGCAUCUAGCAUCGUUGACCCCGAGCUGGUCAUGAAGACACUGGGUAUCCCACCAUCAGUCGUCAACUCAUGUGGCGUCAUCCUCCUUAUGGCUCAUGGAUUCAUUUGCACGAGUCUAUUCUGGGGAACUGCCCUUGGCUUCCUGUUGGACAAUGAGUUGAAGAAGAGUGCGAUAUUCCUGGCACUGUCAUCUGUGAUCACAUUCUUUGGAGUGAUACAUAGUGUUGAACCUGCUGGACAAGUCUAUGUUCCAUGGCAGACUGGAUCAACACUGCCUUAUCAAUGGGCUGCUGGAUACCUUCUAGUUGCAAUCAUUACAUUUGGAUUCAGUUUCCUCAAAGUCAAAGUUGAGGAACAACCAAUGAUGGAGAUUGAAUCCAUUCAAGAGGUGGACCUUCAUUCAAUGGAGAACAACAACAACAACUUUGCAAAUGAGGAGAAAGUGAUAGAGUCCAAGGUAGACGAAUCCAUCGAUAACACUAUACAGACACCUGAUGGAGAAUGUAAAGACACGAUCAAGUCAGAAUAG